AUGUACCCGCACAAGGACCGGAUUUUCGGUCUUGACUUUGUCUAUCAGAAUGUGACUACCUUCCGUCGCCACAAGUACCUGGAGACCCUGAAGAACCGAUACCAAACCUUGGGGACCACCUACGGGGUGCGUGUCUUUAACCGUCGAGGCAUUCUCACGUCCGACCCCGAAAACAUCAAGACAAUCUUGUCGACGCGAUUCAAAGACUACUCCCUUGGCAAUCGUGUCCCUAUUAUGGGCCCGCUGCUGGGACGCGGGAUAUUUGUCAGUGACGGGCAGGACUGGUCGCACUCGCGGGCUUUGCUCCGCCCCAACUUCGUCAAGGAGCAGGUGGCCGACCUGCAGAUGAUCGAGACGCAUCUGGCGCAGCUGCUGAAGCUCAUCCCAUCUGACGGCCGAACCGUCGUCGAGCUGCAAGACCUCUUUCUCCGGUUCACUUUGGACUCAGCGACCGACUUCCUCUUCGGCCACUCUCUCCAUACCCUCAGCCGCGGGACAGCCAAAGACCAGCAAUUCGGGCAGGCCUUCGCCCUUGCACUGGACGACAUUGCCCUCCAAUUCCGCCUGGGUCCAUGGCGCGCGCUUCGCCGACCCAACAAGGAUGCGCUGGCAGCGUAUGAAAUCUGCCGAGGAUAUGUGGAAGGCUUUGUGGCGGAUGCCAUGGCCUAUCGCCACGGGAAAGCCAGUUCGACUGGUGACAAAAACACCUCGGACCGUAGCUAUUUCCUGAAGGAGCUGGCACAAGCCACCGACGACCGGGAUCGGAUCCGCGAUGAAUUGCUGAACAUCCUGAUCGCCGGUCGAGACACCACGGCGAGUCUGCUGGGGAGUCUUUUUUACGUGCUCGCCCGCCACCCCGAGGUGUGGCAGAAGCUCCGCAGUGAGGCCGCGACUCAAUUGCAGGGGGCAGCUCCGAACUACGAGCAACUCCGUAAUCUCCAGUACACGCGGCACUGCAUCAAUGAGACCCUGCGGUUGUAUCCGCCCGUCCCCAGCAAUACGAAGAUGGCUGUCUGUGACACGAUCCUUCCGCGGGGCGGGGGCCCCAAGGGGGAUGCCCCUGUGUUUGUCCCCAAGGGUUGCACCAUGAUCUACACGGUGUAUGCCAUGCAUCGUCGGACAGAUCUAUUCGGCCCCGACGCUGAGGAAUUCCGCCCUGAACGUUGGGCCACGCAAAGAUUCUCCUGGGAAUUCCUCCCUUUCAACGGGGGGCCGCGAAUUUGUCUUGGGCAACAAUAUGCGUUGACGGAGGCGAUGUACGUCCUGGUCCGGUUCGCGCAAACAUUCCAGACGAUCGAGGCCCAGGAUCCUGCUCCCUGGACCGAGCAGCUUACUCUCACCCUUGCAUCUAGUAAUGGCGUGAAGGUUAGAUUGAAGGGGGCCUGA